AACUGCUUUAAAUAAAAUGGCGGGCAUACUACGCUCGCAGCGCUCGACUGAGGCGCCGAUGGACUUCCAGUUCACGUCUAGGCCCAGCAGUAACACGAAACCUGUAUGGGCGAGUUCGUCUGACGAAGGUGGUUCUCCGCGGAAACGCCCCCACACUGACUCGAACCCGCUUUCUCCUGUAUUCCCCAGCACGCCGCAGCGACCAACUUUCGGCGGCAACACCAACAUCCCAUUCAUCUUUCAGACCCCUCCACCGCAAAGCGAACCCCCUCACCCAUGGACACCCCCGCCAGGCUUCUCUCCUAUAAAGGCGUUCCCGCCUUCUGAACAGCAAGAUGUGAAAGACGUCGACAUGGCGGAGCUGACUCCGCCUCGAUCGGACGACAAGAAUGGGGCGGGCGGAGGUGCGAGAGCAAUAGCCACGGGCGCGAUGAGGCGCGUGUUUAGGGCGAGACAGAAGAAGCGAGAAAGGAGUAGGCUGGCCGUUUCACGCAGAGCAGCGGAAAGCGAAGAAGAGGCCAGCGGCAGCGGCAGUGAAGAGGAGGGUGCUGUCAGAGCGAGGUCGCCCUUCCCGCAGAAUAUGUCCAACCACUACACACUGAAUAUGUCGGCCCCUGCGCCCCCCAAGUCAGAUACGCCUUAUAUCUUGAUUGGAUACACCCAAUUCAUCUUCAACACCUCUCUUGUCCUCAUAUUCCUAUACCUAUUGGUUCAAUUUAUUCUAACCGUUCAACGAGAUGUUGAAGAACGUAUAUCUGAAUACUCUCGAGAAAUCGUGCAGGAAAUUACGGCAUGCGCGCUCCAAUACCGGAACAACUUAUGCGAGACCAAUCCCAUCCCGGCCAUGACCCACCAAUGCGCCACCUGGGAGACAUGUAUGAACCGGGACCCGAGUAAAGUCGGGCGGGCAAGAGUCGGCGCUGAGCUGAUCGCAGAAGUUAUCAACGGCUUCGUCGAGCCAAUCAGCUGGAAGACACUCAUAUUCACCGUCACCUCGAUUUCGUUCUUCACGAUAUUCGCGAACACGGUGUUCAACUUUUACCUCAGGCAGUACGCCCCGGUCCCUCCUACACCGAGUGUACCGCCUUUGCAACACCAGCCGUCCUUCCCCAUCAUGCCUGCCUCGCCUUACCCACAACAGCGGUAUUAUUCUCCAGCCCCUGGUUGGGGCGCGGAUGAUGAUGAGCCCGGGACUCCAAGCCGCAGAAGAAGGAUUGAGGGUGGCCCAGGAGCUAAAGGCAAAUGACAGCACGUCCACGUCUACGCUUUUUAUACUGUAUAUGCAACUGUGAGGACCAUGUCUUAUCUUUUAUUAUGACACAGCUCGCUCUCCCCGGUCCGUCCACGGUCUUGUGUAAUCCGGAUGAUGUAUCGCAGGCAACAUGAUUGUGGCAAAUCCAGAUCGCAAGAUUGGCUUCGCC